GGGAAGCCAUGCGCUGGACUGCAGUGGACGCGUUACUUAUUGCAUUUCUCUCCGUGACAGGGGUCAGGGGUCAGAACGGCUGGAGCGUGACCUACCUUCCCUCACAGAUCUGCGCCAUAAAAGGCUCAACGGUGGAUUUGCAAUGCAACUACACACAUCCAGACAGAGAGGGGGAUACGGUCAUAGAAGUUACAAACCGAAUAUGGUUCACCAAAGAACAACUUGCUGCUCCUGUGGAUCUGAAAGCUGACCCAGACUACGCAGGUCGUAUAGAGUAUAAAAAUGGCUGCGCCGUGGCUAUCAGGGACGUACGAGAGAGUGACGCUGCUGUCUACAAGUUCAGGUUCAUAACCAAUCACCCAAGUGGAAAACACACCGGCUUGCCAGGGGUCACUUUGUCAGUCUCUGCCGUCGAGCUGCAGGUGGUCAAAUGGGAGCGCAGACCGAGCGGGACUCUGGCAGAGAUGACGUGCAAAAGCAAAUGUCUGCCUGACCGACAUCCUUACAUCUGGAUCAAGAACGGGCAGAACGUUUUGACGCAGACCUCCUCGCCUUUUUCACACACGUUUUCUUUCGCGGACCGCGUUUCGUGCGCCGCGGCAGGACACAGACAGUUCCCGUCUCCGGCAGUGUACAUGCCAAAUCUUCCCUCGGUGUCGCUGAGUUCCUCUGGUCACAUUGUGGAGGGCGACCCAACAACUCUAACUUGUUCCAGUGAUGCUAAUCCAGUAGCUACAUACAGCUGGUACAAGAAGGACGCUUCUGGUCCUCUCAGCAAAGACUCACAACUCGUCUUCAAGUCUAUCCAGUCCUCUGACUCUGGAGAGUAUUACUGUAAAGCUGAGAACGUGCUGAGAAUAAGGACAUCUAAAGUCGUCUUUAUCGACGUAAAAUACGGGCCAAGGCUUCUUUCUGUGGCAUUAAGACCCUCUGGUGAAGUAGUGAGGGGAACCUCAGUGGACCUGAUUUGUAGCAGUGAUGCUAAUCCAACAGCUAAGCACAUCUGGUACAAGAAGAACAAUCCUGAGCCUCUGAGCAACGACACACAACUCGUCUUUGAGUCUAUCCAGUCAUCUGACUCUGGAGAGUACUACUGCACAUCAGAGAAUAUGCUGAGCAAAGCGACAUCUGAAGGCGUGCUUAUUGAUGUGAAAUAUCCACCGAGCUUCCCCGUUGUUUCACAUAGUUUCCCAGGUGAAGUAGUGGAGGGAAACUCGGUGACUUUGACUUGUAGCGCUGAUGCUAAUCCAGGAGCUACUUACACGUGGCACAAGGAGCACGAAGCCAAUCCUCUCAGCAAAGGCCCAAAACUUGUUUUCAAGUCUGUUCAGUUGUCUGAUUCUGGAAAAUAUUUCUGCACGGCUGAGAACGUUCUCAACAGGACGACUUCGGACGGCUUCUUGAUUGACGUGGAAUAUGCUCCAAAGCUUCCCUUGGUCUCGUUGAGUCCGUCUGGUGAGGUCAUGGAGGGCAUUUCACUGACGCUCACCUGCAUCAGUGAUUCAAACCCCGCCGCUAAUUACACCUGGUUCAAAGAAAAUGAGAAAACGCCACAAAGUUCAGGACAAAAUCUCACCAUCACAAAUAUUGGCCGACAGCAUAGUGGCCUUUACUACUGCGAAGCUCACAACAGCAGAGGGAGUCACAAAUCUGCCAUACAUCUUACUGUUGCUGCAAGGUACAGAAACAUGAUGUUCAAGAUAAUGAACAUCAUAAAGUUGGCUGUAGCUGCACUGCUGCUGCUGAUUCUUCUGUUUGCUUCUUCUCUUUGUACGAGGAAGAAGAAACCAACUGAAUCGAAGGAACAUGUCGAGAACAUAGAGCUGGACUUGUGUAAUGAAUAUGAGAACAUCUCGACCUUGAGAGCCUUUGUUGCAUCGCAGGAGGAGGAGAGAAGCAAACCAACCCAACGUGAAACCAAGUGAAGUUACGACUUUAUGGGUAGAUGGACAGGAAUGAGAUCUUAACCAAAACGAUGACAUCUGGUGGCAGAAAUAAACAUUUUCAAACAGUGGCUAUAUUUUUAUAUUUUAUGCCUUGUGUUGGCUACUUUGUAAACGUAGCUGGGUAAAGUCAAGUUACUAGUUUAAUAGUGGUGUACCUUCCAAUUACUUAAUACCUAAUUACAGUACAGACCA